AUGUAUGGGGCUUGUCAUGCACAAGACGGAACUUGUGUCUGUCCUCCAGGAAGGACGGGGGAUCUUUGCGAGGAAGAGUGUUCACCUUCAACGGAAACUCACAACUCCUGUAUAGUAGGCAUACAGGCCGUUAAGGAUAACGUACAGGCUUGCUUGCCGUCUCCAUACGGCUGCUCGUGCUUUCCAGGCCAGCAAGGCGAUGACUGCGAUAAAGAUUGUGAUGAAAAUCACUGGGGCGUGAACUGCUUACAGACAUGUAACCAUUGUGAAAGUAACAAGUGCAACCAUGAAACAGGAGCCUGUGUCCGUGAUGUGAAACACUGCGCUAAACCAUCCAAAGGGUACCUCCGCUUUCGAGAGCUACCAUUAGUUGACCCUGACGAAGACCGUGUACUAGUGUCUUUUAAUGGAAUUUUUGAUGGUGAAGAGCCUGAGUCGGACGACGUAAAGUAUCAAGUGAUUGUUUGGGAGAAGGACCAAGAUAUGAGCAAUCCCACGAACUUAAAAGAUACCGAUACGAUUGAAAGUCCUGUCAAAAUAGACAACCUGAACCCUGCCACCGACUACUUCGCUGCCGUUUUGGUGAAGUUUACUCCAAGAGGAUCAGACACUCCCUGCCUGAUUGACGGCACACUCAGAGGAGAAAGGAUUCAGAAGACGCCGUUUACUACCAAAUGUCCCGAAGUACCAGUUCCCCCUAAUGUAACAUAUGAGGAAACCCGUGAUGUAAUUACAUUCCGAUGGAGGACACCCAGUGACGCGCAGGGAGUCAUACGGUACAACUAUUCAUAUGAGGUGAAACCUAUUGCAUGUGAUCGAGAGACAGACAGCCAAUCUAAUUCCACGACAGAUAUUGAGGUUUCUUUCUCAAAGCCAUCGCAUUAUGCCAAUGUUACUUUCCUGUUGGCUAUUGGCAACGAAGCUGGAUUCAGUGAACCAGGAAAACUUACGUUCACAAGUAGUUCUAAAGUUCCAGAAGUUGAGGUCAAAGAAAUAAAGUGUGAGAACAACACCCGACCUAGCUAUUGCCUGGUUACCUUGGAGGACAACUGUACGAAAGUCAAUGGAAAAGAUUUGACAUCGAUAUCGAACUAGAGUACACGAGUAAUUCUGCCAAAAAACC